CUGGUUGCUCUCAUGAAGAUUACCGCACUAACUAUUGGAGUAAUCCUUUUAGCAAGGAUCGUUAAGGUUGAUGGAAAUGAAACAACAGAACAAUAUGAAAUUAAAGAUCUGGAAUCUUUGCUUAAAUUGGAUGCAAAAUACACUGCCUUACUACAGGAGAUAAAUUCGACAUACCAUAGUAGACCCCAUAAUACAGCAAACAAUAUGGAAUUUGAAAAGUUCUUUCAAAAGGUUUUAAUUGGUUUAAACUCAACCGCCUACGACUUGGUUGACAAAAUUGAUAUUUACACAGAUUUCACAGUUUACAAUCAAAUGCGAUUGGAGCUGGAAAGAGAAAUUUCGAAAACACUUCAAGUCGCGAAAAAUCUUCUUAAGCUUAAAAACCUUGUGCCUCAGUGUCGUACCUUUUUUAUGGAUCAACAAGUGCAACUCACCGCGAGCAUCAGUCAAUCGAAUUUCGCGAAAAUGAUAAUACUUAAUAAUCCCAGUAACGAGUGUGAAAGUGUUGAACUAAAUCGAAUAACCUAUCCGGCAACGAAAGCAACAACCGCUCCGACUACAACACCAAAGCCCAUAAACUAUGAUUCACUACUUCUAGAGAUUCUGAAAAAAUAUAACAAGCGUCCGUGGGGAAAUCGAAAAUACGUGGAAUUCGACGAACAAAUUUGGCAAGUUUUCAUGGCCACGAAUAAGGACGAUAACAAUUAUAAAAAUGAGACAUUAAACAAGUUCCUAGAAUAUGACAAAGAUCGUGCCCAACUGGAUAAAGCCUUAGCCUUGCGAAUCGGAAAAUUUAAAAAACGAAUUGCAGUCGAACCUAAUAAUGAUUGCAAGGGAAACCUUUUGUACAUAAAUAAGCAAUUCAGCCGAGCAAUGUUCGAAACCAUUGAGAAAAAACGAAAGAUCUUACUUACUUCAAACUAUGUACAAGCUUGUGUUAAAACGGAAAAAGUAAAUCAUAAUAUUAUAGUUGUAAACAUAUAGUAAAAUAAAAUUUAAAAUUA